AUGCUCGGACCGCCAGUUAACCUGCCCAAGUGGCUCGAGGAAAACUCUCACCUGCUCAAGCCGCCCAUCGGCAACUACUGCGUCUACAACGAUGACUUUGCAAUCGUCGGCGGCCCCAACGCCCGCACCGACUACCACAUCAACCAAACCGCCGAGUGGUUCUACCAGUACCGCGGCGCCAUGAUGCUCAAGGUCGUCGACGGCUCGGCCUUCCGCGACAUCAUCAUCCGCGAGGGCGACAUGUUCCUGCUGCCCGCCAACACGCCGCACAACCCCGUGCGCUUCGCAAACACCGUCGGCGUCGUGCUGGAGCAGCGCCGCCCGCCAGACUCCAUCGACCGCAUGCGCUGGUACUGCGCCGCCUGCAACAGCGGCCUGGAGCCGGGCGCCGAGGCCGUCGUGGUGCACGAGGCGGCCUUUCACUGCACCGAUCUGGGCACGCAGAUCAAGCAGGCCGUCGAGGACUUUCGCGGCGACGAGGAGAAGAGGACGUGUCGCCGGUGCGGCACCAUGGCGGACUGGGCGCCGCCGCCGGGGUCGAUUCAGGAUCCGAAUUUGGUGGCGUGA